CCAAAUUGCCCACCGGAGCUGCUGAAGCGCCCUCUGGGUUCCGCCUCCAACAUGCGUUGCCACUGGUAACGCGGGGGAAAAGAGGAGGGACUCUAGUCAAAGGAGCCUAUGGGAGAGCGAAGAGACGCUGAGUGACACCGAGCCUCUGACCAAUCAGCGCCUUUGACCCGCCUGUGUCGCAUGCCCUGCCGCUGCCUAUAUAAACCACACUGACAACUUAGUAAUCCAGUCUGAUCGCGGGUCGUCUGGCUAAAGUAGGACUUUAAAGAAGCAAGAUAUCGACACAAGCAAACCCUCUCGCUUAAUUUAACACUGACAACAUGAAAGCAAUAAGCCCCGUGCGGUCCUUCCGGAAAAACAACGCGAAUUUAUCAGAGCACUCCUUGGGAAUCUCUCGGAGCAAGACCCCGGUGGACGACCCGCUCAGCCUGCUGUACAACAUGAACGACUGCUACUCCAAGCUGAAGGAGCUGGUGCCCAGCAUCCCCCAGAACAAGAACGUCAGCAAGAUGGAAAUCCUGCAGCAUGUCAUCGACUACAUCCUGGACCUGCAGAUCGCGCUGGACUCCAGUGUCGCACUAACCAGCCUGCAUCACCCCGCGCGGCCGGGGCAGGCUCCAUCCAGGACCCCUCUGACCACCCUCAACACAGAUAUCAGCAUCUUGUCGUUACAGUCCCCGGAGUUGCCAUCAGAGCUGAUGACAGAUGACAGCCGGACUCUGCAUCGUUAAAGCGGUGUUUGGUCAAGACGCAAAAAACACACACAGGACCUGGGGAGCAGGACCCCCCCCCCCACCCCACCCCCUCCACCCCACAC